AUGGGCAGAGCUGAGUUCGGCAACGCAAUCUACUUCCCACUGUUUCUCCAGUGGUUUUACGACACCCUCGUCCUUGGGUUCAUCUGCCCCCGCGCCUGGGGAUGUCCCGAGGAUGUUCUUCAGGGACACUACAGCAAACACGUCAGCUCCCUUUCUGCGGUGCCCCGCCCCCGCCUGCUUGACAUUGGUGUCGGCACAGGCCACUUCAUCGAACACGCCCCUUUGGCUUUGGGCACAACAGUGAUCCUAGCCGAUAUCAAUGAAAACCCCCUCACCGAGGCUCGAGGACGCAUCAAACGCACACACAAAGAUGUGGAUGUUGAUGUGGUCCUAGCAGAUGUCUUUGAACUUGGUGACGACAAAACAUCAUCAUCAGAGAAGGGUGCCGUAAAGGAGAAGCAGUCGCGCGCCUGUGCCGACUGUUGA